AAAUGACAAAUCAAGAGAUAAGAUCAACACUUUCUCUCUCUCUCUCUCUUUAGAGGAAACUAGUAGGGAUUGGCAUUACAUCAAGUGUAAGUACAUGCUCACUUCUCAUAUCUGAGAGAGAGGGAGAGAGAGUUCUCUGUUUGUUUGUUAUUUUUUGAGUGAUUGUUUAAAACUCGAAACGAAAUGGGCCUGAGGAGGUUUGGAAGAUUGGUCAAAUGGGUUGGUGGUAAUGGUAGGAGGCCAUUUUCAACCUCCUCCUCCUCCUCUUGUGAUGAAAUGAUGGUUCAGCAAAUUGCGAGUGGGAAAUCAUUGAACCUCUACUCUGCCAUCAACCAAGCGCUCCACAUCGCCUUGGAAACUGAUCCACGUGCUUAUGUAUUUGGAGAAGAUGUGAGCUUUGGUGGGGUCUUUCGUUGCACAACAGGCUUAGCUGAUCGAUUUGGUAAACAAAGGGUUUUUAAUACCCCUCUCUGUGAACAGGGCAUUGUGGGAUUUGGCAUUGGUCUAGCUGCUAUGGGUAAUCGAGCUGUAGCAGAAAUCCAGUUCGCAGAUUAUAUUUUUCCUGCUUUUGAUCAGAUUGUCAAUGAAGCUGCAAAGUUCAGAUACCGAAGUGGAAAUCAAUUUAAUUGUGGAGGUUUAACAAUACGAUCCCCCUAUGGAGCUGUGGGCCAUGGUGGACAUUAUCAUUCACAAUCUCCUGAAGCUUUCUUCUGUCAUGCCCCUGGUAUCAAAGUGGUCAUCCCUCGAAGCCCACGGCAAGCAAAAGGCUUAUUGCUUUCCUGCAUACGCGAUCCAAACCCUGUUGUGUUUUUUGAACCAAAGUGGCUAUACAGAUUAUCAGUAGAAGAGGUUCCUGAGCAUGAUUACAUGUUGCCUUUAUCAGAGGCAGAGAUAAUUCGAGAGGGCAACGAUAUAACACUUGUUGGUUGGGGAGCUCAGUUAUCUAUAAUGGAACAGGCCUGUAAGGAUGCUGAAAAAGACGGAAUUUCUUGUGAACUGAUAGACCUGCGAACUCUUUUACCUUGGGAUAAGGACACAGUGGAGGCCUCUGUCAGAAAGACUGGAAGGCUUCUUAUUAGUCAUGAAGCUCCGGUUACUGGAGGAUUUGGUGCUGAAAUAUCUGCUUCAAUUGUCGAACGUUGCUUCCUAAGGUUGGAAGCACCUGUUGCUAGAGUGUGUGGUCUGGAUACCCCAUUUCCUCUUGUAUUUGAGCCCUUCUAUAUGCCCAACAAGAACAAGAUAUUGGAUGCAAUCAAAUCAACUGUAAAUUACUAGUGUAAAAUCAAGUCUGCUUCUAUCUUCUCUCUCUAGUUUGCUUUCCUAGUGUAGGUGCCAUCUGCCUCCAUUAUCACCUUGCACCCGUAUGAUGGAGUAUGGAAAUAAUGUAGUACGAUGUCUUCACUCCUUCACUCAAUCCAUUCCGAUAUUUAAAAGAAACCAGCAAUAAUAUAUUUUUCAUCGUUAAAAAUCUAUAAUGAUUCCUCAAUAACGUACUUGCUUUCCCAAACCCUUUAAUUACCAGUCCUUAUGAUCAAUCAGUGAAGUGAACACAUUAUUAAUGUGAAAAUUACAUAGAAAAUAAAAAAAGUUCCUUUCAGGCUUGGCUCUGCGAAUAGAGAUGCUGACUCUGACAACGUUGAUGGCAGCAAAUAGCGGCCGGAUAUUGGAGCCUCCGAAAACAAGCAGCAUCAUCCUCGCAGAGGAAGCUGAUGGUUGUUUUUCACCAAAGAUUGUAGACUAUUACACGGUCCACCAAAGAUUGUAUGAAUCUCUAUUGGCCUGCCUGUGGACCAAUCUACAAUCAUAACUUUCAACCCUCACACUUAUUAAUGGUCUUGAAAUUGUCAA